AUCCGCUUUAGUUUUCCCUCUUUUUUAUAGUACUUCGUAGGAAGAGGUUUCGAAAUGGGCCGCCGACCUGCUAGAUGCUACCGUUAUUGCAAAAACAAGCCCUAUCCUAAGUCCCGGUUCUGCCGUGGUGUUCCGGAUCCAAAAAUUCGUAUAUUUGACUUGGGAAGAAAGAAAGCCACUGUUGAAGAUUUUCCACUUUGCGUUCAUUUGGUUUCUGAUGAAUAUGAGCAGCUAAGCAGUGAGGCUUUGGAAGCUGGUCGUAUUUGUUGCAACAAGUAUUUGGUAAAAUACUGCGGAAAGGAUCAGUUCCACAUUAGAAUGCGCCUGCAUCCAUUCCACGUCAUUCGUAUAAAUAAAAUGUUGUCGUGUGCUGGAGCGGAUAGACUCCAAACUGGAAUGAGGGGUGCGUUUGGCAAGCCACAGGGCACUGUAGCUCGCGUUCGUAUUGGACAGCCUAUCAUGUCUGUCCGCUCAAGCGAUCGUUACAAGGCUCAAGUCGUUGAAGCUUUACGUCGUGCUAAGUUCAAGUUUCCUGGUCGUCAAAAGAUCUAUGUCUCCAAGAAGUGGGGCUUUACUAAGUAUGACCGAGAGCGUUAUGAGGAACUCCGAGAUGAUAACCGUCUUGAACAAGAUGGUUGCAAUGUCAAAUAUCGCCCAGAGCAUGGUCCGAUGGCUGCUUGGGAAAAAAGUCAGCGUGAUGUGUAUGCUUAAAUAUACUUUAAUUGGUUGGAAAAGUAUGUAAUACGAAAGCAAAUACACAAAAAUAUAACCAGCUGAAUCCGUUCAAUCUAAA